AUGGCAGCAAGCAUAUCCUUUGGGACCAACGAGGGAGUCCAAGUGGGAGUCAACCACGGCUCGGUAACUACGAACCAUUUCUAUUCGAAUCAGGAUGUUCUCGACAAGCUACCGGUUGCAUAUGGAGCUGAAUUUGAAUCAUAUGUGGACCAGCAUGAGGAGCGAUGUCUGCCAGGAACGAGGACCGAGCUACUCCAGCGUAUCAUGACAUGGGCCUCGUCGCCGGGGGGGAAGACUCUAUUCUGGCUGAACGGAAUGGCGGGGACGGGAAAAUCAACAAUAGCUCGGACUGUAGCAUACGCCCUGAAAGAGAAGGGGAUCUUAGGAGCAAGCUUCUUUUUCAAAAGGGGCGAGGGCGAUCGGGGUAGUGCUCUAAGGCUUUUCCCAACCCUGGCAAGACAGCUAGCCCUGAAAGUGCCAGCGCUGGCUCCUGAGCUUGAGAAAGCAACAAAGGCAGAUCCGGAUGUAGCGUUCAAGGCGCUACGGGAGCAAUUUGAAAAGUUACUUCUUGAUCCCCUCCUCGCAUUGAGCGCGCAUGCCACCAGUACUACUGGUGGUGCUCUCACGAUAGCGGUUGUCCUCGAUGCCUUGGACGAGUGCGAAAAAGACGAGGACGUGCGAGCUAUUCUGCACCUGCUGCCCCGACUACAAAAGACUUCAUACGUCAAUGUAAGAAUUCUCCUAACAAGUCGCCCUGAGUUGCCGAUCCGUCUGGGGUUCCAGCAGAUAGAGGCAGAAUAUGAAGACCUGAUACUCCAUGAGGUCCCCGAAGCUGUGACAGCAAAGGAUAUUUCGCUCUAUCUGAAUCACCGUCUUGCAAUCAUUCGGCAAGAAAGAGCGCUCCCAGUCGAUUGGCCUCCAGCCGAGGAGAUUGAGUCUAUUGUGAAAAUAUCUGUUCCUCUUUUCAUAUUUGCUGCGACCGUGUGCCGUGUUGUGGAAGACCCCUACAGCGAUCCAGUCGAUAAUCUGACCGAGAUUAUAAGUGACCGUUGCGAAGGAUCGCAGCUGGUCGCGACGUACUUACCAAUUUUCAGUCGCAUACUCAAACUACAAGCCCGCAGCAAUAGAAAGGAAGAGCAGAUGAUCCGAGAAUUUCGAGAGAUAAUUGGCGGGAUCGUGAUGCUUGAAGACCCAUUGCCCAUACAAGCUCUCUCAAGGCUUCUUGAUAUACCCGAGAGGGUAUUUCGUAUGAGACUGAAUGCACUGCACUCGGUCAUAUACAUUCCACACGACGAGUCGAGCCCUAUUCGACCCUUCCAUCUCUCCUUUCGAGACUUUCUACUUGAUCCCGAGAUCCGCGAUAGGACCCCAUUUUGGGUCGAUGACAAAGAAACCCAUCACCAAAUCGCAGUGAAGUGCAUUUCCAUAUGCACCAAGUUGAGGCGAGACAUUUGCAAUCUGCAAGAUCCAGCAGCUCAACGCAAAGAUCUCGAUCCCAAGAAGAUAGAACAGUGUAUUCCUCGAGAAUUACAGUAUUCCUGUCGUUUUUGGGCCAGGCAUCUUUUACAAAGCUCCAUGCCCACAUCGCUGAUUUCCACAGCAACAUCAUUCCUCCAAAGGUAUUUCUUAUAUUGGGUGGAAGCAAUGAGUAUUUUAGGAUUGACAUCAGAUAUCAUUAUCGUCCUGGAUCAAUUAGAGGAGACCAUCAACAGCGAGAAUGCUGCUCUUCUAGGAGAAUUCCUUCAUGAUGCCAAGUUGUUUGUGAACAUGAACUGGCAAAUAUGCAAUAAAUGGCCUCUCCAAGUCUACUUCUCGGGUCUUCUAUUUUCACCCGCGACAUCCUUGGUGUGCCAAAGUUUCAAACAUGAAUUCCCUGACUGGAACGUGUUGAUUGAUGGCCCAAACAUCUCGGGGAUUGUUUUGCGAAAACUGGAAGGCCACUCUGGCCUGAUAUCUUCAUUGGUGUUCUCUGCCGAUGAGCGAUUGAUUGCGUCUUCCUCCUCUGAUGGGACGAUCAAUAUCUGGGAUGUCAAUACAGGUACCUUACGCCAAUCGGUUGAGACACUGGCCGGGGCUAGGUCUUUAUCGUUCUCUCCAGAUGGAAAGUCAGUGGCGUUCAUUGAUUUCUCUUGGAGAAAUGAUUCAGAGUUGAGCUCAACCUCUUAUUCUACAUCAGAGAAUUACGGCGUGUUUCUGUUGGACGUCGCAACGGGGGACGUACAAGAAAUGUCCAGCAAUCCAAUAUCAGACAUGGAUGAACCUGAAGCAGCAUUCGUCCCAAAUCGGCAAGAAGUAGUUUGGAGCUCAAAUAGGGCCAUCACACUGUACAGCAUCAAAGAAAAUUCAUCGCAGAUAGUUCUUGACGGAUCUUUUGAGGGGCCACUUGCAUUCUCACAAGAUGGGAGAUUAAUGGCCCUGAGCUGUAGCAACAGAACCGUUCAAAUCUGGAAUACACACACAUGGUCUUUGGAAGGCACUGCAGGAGUAUUUGAAUUUCCUGUUUCUUGUAUGCGGCUUUCUUCCGAUGCUACAUUCUUGGUCGUCGAGUUAUCUAGAUCGGGGGGUAUCACCGUAUGGGACUUGGCCACAAACUCUGUGCGGUCUCGAUUGAGAUCCAUGCCUCAUUUUCGGUUUGACAUCUCUCCCGUCGGACACUUAGCAACUUCAGAUAUCCUAGGGGGCUUGACUAUCUGGGACGUGCCUGUUCUUCGCAUUCCAAAGUCUAUCCCAGGACAUACCAGACCAGUGACUGCCUUGUCAUUCUCACGUUCAGGUCGCACUUUAGCGACAGGAUCGUCUGACAAAGACAUCCUACUCUGGAGUACAAAAAGCUUUCUCUCCACCGAUGUCGACCGAUUCACGCGAAGAGUCUUGAAGGUCGAUGUGUCUCCUAGUGGGCUCUUUGCUGCAUCUGCGUUCUCAGAUGGAACGAUAGGAAUAUGGGAUGCAACAGCAAGCCGCCUCACGCAUAUCCUGGUUGGGCACUCAAGCCACGCCUCUUUCAUGGAUUUCGCACCACAUGCGCCCCUUUUGGCCUCGGCCUCGGCCGCCAAAGUUCGAAUCUGGAAUAUUAUGACAGGCAAACUCGUAAUCAACCUCGACGAUCCAUCUCUAGGUAUCCUUGCUAUCAAAUGGACAGAUCGCGGUCAAACGUUCAUGGUAUUGAGCGACUCCAAUGAUGACAAUGGACCCUACAAGGUCUUUGUGUGGGAAACAACCACAUGGACUCGACAACUUGAAGACAUCGACAUCACCCCUCUGAUUUCUGGAAAUUGCGCUUGCCGCGACCCAAGCGACCACGUUAUCACUGCCGUCUUUUCUCCUCUUGGAGAUCAUUUAGCGAUAGCACUGUGCGAGAGCCUAGUGACGGUUAAGCUUGGGAAAGAGGCAGAUUUCAAAAUACUCCCAUUCAGCAAGAGAGGCCCAAAUCGCUUCCAAAAAGCUAUAUCAUACUCGCAAGACGGCACAUUUGUAGCCCUCGCUACUUCAAUCGCACGAAUGGGAGGGGAUGUACGGGUCGAAUUGUGGGAUACGACUACGGGCACUUUGCUGCAUAUAAUCAAAGGAGCUCUCAAUACAAAGAAGUUUGUAUUCUUCUCAGGCGAUGAUUCCUGUUUGCACACGCAUCUUGGAACUCUGGAUCUGGCGAAAUGGAGGCCGUCUGGCUACUAUAAGUCAUCGAGAUCUGCUUGUGGAUUCUCAAUGCAUGAUGGCCGGUGGGUGGCUUUGAAUGAUGAGAAGGUUCUUUGUCUUCCUGUUUCUCAUUGGCCCGAUUGUGUAGCUGCCAAAAACGGCACAUUGAUUAUAGGUUCUUCUCAUUGCACUUUUCUCCUGAGACCAAAGUCUUAG